GGCGGCGGCGGCGCUGCAGCACGGAGCGGUGUCGGAGCGCGGGGCGCAGAGAGAGCCAUGGCUGGGGAUGGCGAGGGACGCGACCACACACCCGCCGCGGCCGCGGCUGCGGGGCCCGGCCUGAGGGAGCGGCGGCCCUAGGACCGGCCCGGCGGCGCCAGCCAGCAGCGGGGAAAAAAAAAAAAAAAUAAAUACAUUGCCACAAAAUAAAAAUUAAAAGAAAAAAAAAAAAAAAAAAAAAAGCCAACCAAAAUCGGGAAAGCCAGCAGCCCGGCAACAGCAGCAGCAGCACCGCCACCACCAGCCCGCAGCGCUCGCCCGCCGCCGCCGGCCCGCGGGAGCAACCGGCCGCCGCCAAGAGCUCCAGGACGCCCCACCGCCCACCAGAUAGAUGUGCGGUCCCGCCGCCCGCACGGCCGACGAUGAACGCGCAGCUGGCGAUGGAGAACAUCGGCGAUCUGCACGGGGUGAGCCAUGAGCCGGUCCCCGCCGCCGCCGACCUGAUGAGCGGCAGCCCCCACCACCGGAGCGCGGUGGCCCACCGCGGCAGCCACCUGCCGGCCCACCCGCGCUCCAUGGGCAUGGCGUCCAUCCUCGACGGCGGCGACUACCACCACCACCACCGGCCGCCCGAGCACGCUCUGACCGGCCCCCUGCACCCCACCAUGACCAUGGCCUGCGAGACACCCCCCGGCAUGAGCAUGAGCAGCACCUACACCACGUUAACCCCUCUUCAGCCUCUACCUCCCAUCUCGACGGUCUCGGACAAGUUCCCUCACCACCACCACCAUCAUCAUCACCAUCACCAUCCCCACCAGCGGAUACCGGGCAACGUGAGCGGCAGCUUCACACUCAUGCGGGACGAGAGGGGUCUGGCGUCUAUGAACAAUCUCUACACCCCCUACCACAAGGAUGUUACCGGCAUGGGACAGAGCCUCUCUCCGUUGUCUGGAUCGGGCCUGGGGAGCAUCCACAACUCCCAGCAAGGGCUGCCCCACUACGCUCACCCCGGCGCCACCAUGCCCGCCGAGAAAAUGCUCACCCCAAACGGAUUUGAAGCCCACCACCCUGCCAUGUUAGCCAGGCAUGGCGACCAACACCUCACCCCCACCUCCGCUGGCAUGGUGCCUAUCAACGGGAUCCCACACCACCCCCAUGCCCACUUGAAUGCCCAGAGCCACGGGCAGAUCCUGGGCUCUGCCAGGGAGCAAAACCCUUCUGUAACUGGUUCGCAGGUCAACAGUGGAAGUAAUUCAGGGCAAAUGGAAGAAAUCAAUACCAAAGAAGUAGCUCAGAGGAUCACCACCGAGCUCAAGCGGUACAGCAUCCCCCAGGCUAUCUUCGCUCAGAGGGUGCUGUGCCGCUCUCAAGGGACGCUCUCAGACCUGCUGAGGAACCCCAAGCCCUGGAGCAAGCUCAAAUCCGGCCGGGAGACCUUCCGCAGAAUGUGGAAGUGGCUCCAGGAGCCGGAGUUUCAGCGGAUGUCUGCUCUGCGGCUUGCAGCGUGCAAGAGGAAAGAACAAGAACACGGGAAGGAUAGAGGGAACACACCCAAGAAGCCUCGGUUGGUCUUCACCGAUGUCCAGCGUCGAACUCUACAUGCAAUAUUCAAGGAAAAUAAGCGUCCGUCCAAAGAAUUACAAAUCACCAUUUCCCAGCAGCUCGGGUUGGAGCUGAGCACCGUCAGCAACUUUUUCAUGAAUGCACGGAGGAGGAGUCUGGAUAAGUGGCAAGACGAGGGCAGCUCCAAUUCAGGCAACUCAUCUUCUUCAUCAAGCACUUGUACCAAAGCAUGAAGGAAUAACCACGAACUGAAACCUCGGUGGAAAAGCUUUAAAAAUAAAUAAAUAAAUAAAUAAAGACAGACCAGGACCUCAAAAUAGCAGGUUUAUACUUAAAACUAUUUGAAAAAAAAUAUUUAUAAGUCCAAAGAAACCAAAGACUUAUUUCACCUGCAUUAUGACUUUGUUCUAAGACACACACUUUAGUAGGAUGACGACUUGCAAAAAACAGAGAGGAAGAAGAAAGCGAAAUGGAGGGAAGGAAACAGAAAGCAAAGAGAAGAGGAACAGACCACUGGUCUUACACCUUAGCCCAUUAUCAUCUUCACCGUACUUGGCUGUUUAGUGGUUUGGAGCAUAGUGAUUUCCUGUCAUUGAACAGACAUCUCUUUGGAUACAGCUCUUCAUGUCCACAGCAAUUGCCAUGAAGGUGUUCAGUGUAUCCGUACUGCGUACACGCCAGUGGGUAGGGACUUAGGGCUGGUCUCCAGAGAGGGCUGUGCCACGGCACAGCCGACAAAGCGUGGAGUCGUCUGAAUUCCUUGGAACGGUAGUGUGAUUUUUGCUGUUUCACAGUUUGAACUUGAUUGGUGCAAUGCCUGGAAACAAGUUCAAGCUAGGCAAAGAAAUUUUGAAUGGUACCUAAACCAGUGCAUUCUCUUUGUUUGUUAAGGAAUGUUCAGAUUUUAAAAAGGAAAACUAUUCCAUCCAUAAAAAAAAUCGACUAGCUACCAAAGAACACAUUUAAUAAUUAUAUUGCAGGUAUUUUAUUGCAAUGAUUUUAAUAUUCCAAAGCUAUUUUUACACAAAUACUAUGUAGAGUUAUAGGUAUAAACUAAUCUAACUGUAUAACACAUAAAACUUGUAAUCAAGACUGUUAUUUGCAAUUAGUAAAACCACAUUAUUGUUUCUUUCUGUGAUUGGCAAGAAAGAAUGUCACCCGAGGAGAUCACAGCCCCUGGCAGAGCACGGGAACUGAGAAUGGGAUGCUGCUUCCAUUGAACUCAGUGAGCCCUUUCCUUACUGACUUCAACGGGAGCACAAGAAAGAGCCACGUGUUAGAGCCAUGGGUGCCCUGUGUGUGCCACUGUGGGUGCCCUGUGUGUGCCAUUGUGAGUGCCACCGUGAGUGCCACCGUGAGUGCCACCGUGAGUGCCACUGUCCCCGGGCACUGGCCUGGGCUGGAGCCCGGCGCUGUGUUCCAGAGUGGCUCAGCUCUGCCAUCUAGCCUGCAAACAGGAGACCUGAGGCACUCAGGAUGCAAAAAAUGGAACGAAUUGAGGGAUGCAAAACCACAGGGCUCAGUGUCUGAUCAAUACUCAUUGACUUUAGUGAGCUUUUUUUUACCUAUCGACCUUACCAGGCAAAGGAAUGGUAACAGCUUUGAAGGCUCGUGGUCUUCCUAUUGAAAACAGUGGUAUAACAUCAGUUAAUGUUGUGGGAGGAGCUCCAAGAGGAGCCCCUCCAGUGCUUUUGGAAGGAGGAACUGUGAUCCCUCUGAUGUCAAGAGCAAAAUUCCCGUGGCACCGAGAUACAGCCCGAUGUUUUGUGGCUUUGUAUCUAUGUGUAGCAGGCUGAGCUUUUGUCCCACGCAUUCUUUCUUGCUCAUCUAUUAGUCAGGAUAAUGCAUGAAAUAGUUCAAAGUUUGUAGCUGAAAAGCUUUAAACGCUCUGUUGCUAACAGGCCCACAGGAGAGAAAUCAUCCCGUUCCUACUCUGAUAAAAUUAAAGAGAAAAGCAUGCAACAUCUGCAUAUUAAAUUUUAAUGUAAGGGGAAAAUAGACUUUAAAAACCAUACUUGUGCCUGUUAGAUUUCUAACUGGUAUUUCUAAUCACUGUAGUAAUUAUGCUAGGUAUAUUAAAUUCCAAAAUAUCCAAAUAUGCAGUUAUAGGCCCAAUGCAAGGACUAGAAAUAGGUAAUCUUACUUCCAACUUUCUUGUUUUUAAGAAAAAAAAAAAAAGGAAAAUUCAAGGUAAACUAGAAUCCAAGCACUAUAAACAGUAGCAGAUGCUGGUUUGAGGGAUGAAGGCCACUCAAAAUACCAGUGACACCAAAGCAGAGCAACUUUUGUAGCACCAGUUAUUUCCCAAGAGGACAGGGUCUAGUCAAGGUUCAGGGUAUACAGUUUAUUUCCAUCCAGUGUUUAGAAUACAGGUGAAAUAUCUCUUUAUUAAAAUGAAGUGAAAUAAACCAAAUAUUUUUGGCACUGAAUAUUUAUCUGUAUUUCAGUAUGUUAAACCCACUUUAUUGCUGACAAAGCAAUUAUCUAUGAAAAUUAAAUCUAAUCUGGAUGAUUUUGAAUCUCUAGCUUACCUUAAAUUUUAGCAAGCUUUCUUUUGAAGUGUUCCAUCCCCACGGAGACAUAAUUGACAUGGAAACAUUGAUAAGCUCACAUAGAAAGUACCUUAUGAAUGCAGUCUCAUUAGUGUAAGGUUAAUAAAGGACAGUGAUAACUAACGGUUUAGUUUUUUCCAGCAAAACACUGCUUUGUAACGUACCUAUAGUUUAGAGAAUAAAGCCUUAUUUAUUUAAAACUUGAGAAUUUAAAAAUGCAGGGAAAUUCAAAGUACAUUGCCGCAUUUUUAGUAUUUCCAUUGUAUUGUCUUUAUAGACUACUUGCUGAAACCAAAGAGAACUUUCAUACCAGCAUUAAAUUUGCACCCAAUAUGCAAUUUCAGGAUCUCUGAUACACACACAUGCAAGCCCCUCAAUAGGACUGUGUAUAUGUACAUGCACACACAUUUUUAUGGGGUGUAUGUAUGUAUGUAUACAUGUGCACACACAUGUCCACACACACUAAAACUGAUGCACAAGUUAUAGAUUUUAAGUGUUUUGGGUUAUCUUAACAUGUCUGUUUAAGUAGAUAUAAACCUUUUGGUUUUCUCUAAGCCAUUAGGAACAAACCACUCUUCCCAUAAGCAAUAUGCGCCUCAUACUCUGAAUAGGCAAAGAACACACUUUAAUUUCCUUCAAAACACAAAGCAAAUAACUCUGGAACUGCUCAGUGUAGCUGGAAAGCUGUGUUACCUCUGAGCAGACUGCCCGGCCACACCGACUGAAGCAUGGACAGGUUACCUGGUGCUCCCUUGCUCUGACCGGUGCCAUUACUCAACAGGGCAUCCUUGGAGGGGAGUUUAUUCUAAUGCUGCAUUGAACAUUACCCAGGAAACCUGUCUCUGUCUGUUAGUGUUAGUCUUUCAGUUCAUUUCAUUCCUGACAAAAUGGAAAUUGGUUUCAAAUUCGACAAGAGGAUCUAAAACUCUGCCAGGAAGGAUUAGGAGAGGGAGCAGAACCUGAAAGUGUUUGGGAGCAUCAGGAGAUGGGGCUUCAGUCAAAGGUGACUCCAUGGGCAAGAGGGCAUUAGGAACAUGCAUUCAGCUAACAGGCUGCAUCCAAACAUGACCGCAGUGACCCACGGGGGAGGCUGGCCAAGAGGUGAACUGUCCGCAUCCAUCCCCAUUGUAAAUGGCAUCAUUAGAUUUCUAGGAAAAAAAGAACAAAACAAACAAAAAAAAAAUUCCUCCUUCAGACUGCCCCAGAGCGCUCCGUUAGCCCUGCGUGGCUUUCCAGGGCCGCAGCCUCCUCUCCUUACUCAGGUAAAGCAAACCCCACCAGAGCGAGCCAGCCAGCAACGGGGCUUUUGCUUGAGAAGUUGCUCCUGCCCACGCCAUGCCAGGAGCAAAUUCCCAAGCAGCCGAGUGGCCGGGGUGGCCUGGCAUGGGAGCAGCCCUUGGCUGCCCGCGGGCACCGCUCUUCUCCUGGCAUUUCAGGAUAAGGGCACGGUGCUGCUGGGCACCGCCCCAGGGGCUGCUGCUGCCCGGAGGGCUCGGAAACACUGCUGAGCUUAUACCAAAGAGUCUUAGGACACCUCUCCUCACCUGAGUUGUAAACGACAUUUUUACCCCAAAAAACGUUCCUUCUUUCUACUACUCUUCCUCCUAUCCUCCUCCUCUUCCUCCUCCUUUGUACAUAGGGAUGAAAACUAUGCAUUUAGCAAACAAAGAGAAAGCACUUACCCUUUUCUAUCUCACUGCGUUUGGGUGCAUUCAAAGGCCCAGGGGCUAAUUUUGAGACUUUGCUUAGCCUCCUGGUUUAUUAUUGUGGUGUGGUUAGCUUUACAAUACAUUUGGUAACUAUUUGCUAAAGACAAAGAAGCAAAAGGUAAGGAAUAGCUACUUCCACGUGUUAAAAAAAAAGAAAAAAAAAAAGAAAAAAAAAGUGUGUAAAGAUCUACUAUUUAUAGUGUGAACCAAAGACGCUACCUCACUCGAUUUCCAUUGGUGAUUUUAAUCACAUUGAUGAUACCAAAGAAUACCAAAGAUUUUUCAUGCACGGCCUUGGUCUGGAAAGGGAACUCAUCCUUCUUCUUACCCCCAUCCCCCGACCCCCUUCCUCACCUUCACUCAGUGUGUAACCUUGUCUUCAUUCUUAGUGGUAAUGCUAAUAACCUUACGAAUACUUCUCUUGCUACAACUGCUACUACUGACGAUGAUAAGGAUAAUAAUAAUAAUAAUAAUAAUAAUAAUAAAGCUCUUGGCAAACAUGUUGCAAACUUUGUAAACUCAUAGGACGAGUGCCUUGCUUGAACCAAAGUGUUAAACCGCUGUUGACCUCUUUAUCUCUCACCUUAUACUCUUUGAAUACCUCAGCCUGUUAGAAAGGCCACUAAUGAAAAAAAGGAAUAAUUCUUCACCGUGGUGCUUUUUGCCGUGCAACCAUGCAAUGAAACUUUCUUUGAUACCAAAGGAAAAUGUUUUUUUCCACUUUCUUGCUGACAAACCAAAGGUUCCCUCUUCUUUCCCCCAAAGCAGCUUGAGUCCCUCAGCCCAGACAGGCCGUGCAUCGCUUUUACCAAUUCCUCCAAAUACCUCAUAGUAAUAAAUCUUUAGGGUUAUGUUGUAUAGAGAGUCUAUGUGAUAAGGCAGAACUUACUAGUUUGAUAAUUGUUAAGGUUACUUAAAAAAAGCUUUAUAAUUCUUAUUUAUUUUGUAGGGGUUGUUUUGUUUGUAUAUUCCUUUUAUAUUGUUUGGUUUGGGUUUGGGUUUCUUCUUUUUUUCCUUUUUUUUUGGCAGAACUUCUCUGUUAUACUCAAGGAAGAUCUUAUUCCUGGGAAUGUUUCAAAGUGGGUAAAGAUCGCUGUUUGCAAUGAAUGCAAGAAAGGGAAACAUGGCUUCAAGUACUUUUGUCUUUUGUUUCAACUAGGAUGCUUUGUGUUUGCUAGUCGAUGUUCUUUUCACAGGGUAAAAAAAAAAUAUUCUCUGCUGUGAUAAAUGGUUCCUAUUUUUUCUCUAUAAUGUGCUGUGACUUUUAAUUUAAUUACAUUUUGUAUACGCUUAUUUAAUCACUGCUUUAAUUUAUGACUAUGUAGUUUAAAAAAAAAAAAUUGUAUAUAGUAGAUUCAAAAAUGGCCAAAGCUUUAUGUUACAAUCUUUUCAUUCUUGUUGCUGAGAUGAACUGAAGGAGAGUGCUUCUCUUGACUGCAGGGUGUAUCUUCAGCCUUGUCUUGGCAUGCACUUCCACCCGUGUUACAAACACUGCCAGGUUACCCCCCAGGCCUCCCUUCCCCCCAACUUGUACAUGCCAAAAUGAGUGUUUCAAGGUAGUACUUUUGUCACUUAGAAAGCAGAAAGGCAUUAUUAGCGUGUUUUUUCUUUAAUUUAUUUGUCUUUUUCUAGAAAGAUUGCUUUGUGGGUGAGACCCGCACAUCCAAAGAAUUUAAAAGUCGUUUAAUGUUUAAAAGCACUGGCAUUUGUGAGAGAUUUUGCUGAGUUUUUAUUUUCCUUCGCCAUUCGCACGGGUAGCGCAAGCGAGUAGCAGGCGCGGGCCUUGGGAGAAAAGCUGACUUGACUCUGGAAGCCUUGCUCACGGAAAGGCCUUGGCAGCGGGACAGCGAGGGCUGGAUGGGCUCAGGCCACCCAUGGGCCACCAGCGGGUCACCUGCUCCCCGGGCAGGGCCUGCAGGAUGGAUGGGUGGGUGGG